AUGGCAGUACAGCUCGACCAGACCGCUACGAGUACCUCCAGGCGUGAGCCCGUCCAGCUUUACCACCAAUCGUCGCAGUACCGGAAUUGGCGCUUCUCGAAGGAGCAGCUCGACAAGAUCCGGCAAGACCUCAACGAGCAGGCCGUCGAGCGUGCACAGCAAGCGCAGACCGAGUCGACGGGCGACCGACCAGCCGCUACCGCCGACGGCAGCACGUCAGAGCCGCCCUCGCAGCCUGCGACACCUCCUGCGCCAGCCGACAUCGAGUACCUGAGCGUCGCCGACGAGCAGCUUCUCGUCGCGUACUACCUUCAGCAAGCCGUCGGGCUGUGCGGCGCCUUCAAGUUCCCCGAAAUGGUGACGGCGACGGCCCUCAGCUACCUCAAGCGCUUCUACCUCCGCAACACGGCGAUGGACUAUCACCCGAAGGACAUCAUGCUCACCUGCGUCUUCCUCGCGACCAAGACCGAGAACUUUGCCAUCUCGAUCGACACGUUCGCGGCAAAGGUCAAGGUCCUGCCGGCCGACAUCCUCGCGCUCGAGUUCCUCGUCUCGCAGUCGCUCCACUUCGAGUACAAGGUGCAUCACGCGCACCUGGCCCUGAGUGGCCUCGUCCUCGACAUGCAGACGACCGGCGUCCCCUCAUCGAGCAUUGCGUCGGCCCUUCCUCGCGCUCAGGCCUUCCUGCGCGCCGCACGCCUCUCGCCCGCCGAGCUCGUGUACGCCCCGUCGCAAAUCGCGCUCGCGUGCAUGCGCAUCGCCGACCGCUCGGCCGUCGAGACGUGGCUCGCGGCCAAGGGCAAGGGCGCGAGCGAGCAGAAGGAGGAGCGCGAGGCGAGGAGGGCGCCGGCGGGACCGACGAGCGCGGUCAAGAAGGAGGGAGAGGAGGGCGAGGGAGCGCCUCGAGCAAGGGGCGAGGACAAGGGCGACGAGCCGCAGCAGCUCGAGCAGGACGUGCUCUUGCGGCUGCUCGACGAGGUGCAGGGCAUGAUCCAGGAGCAGCAGCGCAACCCGGUCGACAAGGACAAGGUGCGCGAGGUGGACCGGCGGCUCAAGUGGGCGAGGAACCCGGAGAAGGACCCCAAGAGCGCUCUGUACAAGAAGCGGAAGGCCGAGGAGGAGGCGGCUCGAGAGGAGAAGGACCGGGCCAAGAUGGCCAAGCGGCCGCAGAACGACGACGCGAGCGUCUUUGAUUGAACCAGUGUAGCUCUCUGCCUCUCCGUGCUCUCGUGUUGUACUGCUAGAGAAGUCUAAAGG